AUGGUCGUGUCCGUGGCCAACUUGAAAAAGGACAAGGCGAACAAGUACGCUCGACUAAAGUUUGCUUUGGGCUUCGUCAAGCACGAUGUGGAAAUACAAGAGCUGCUAAACUACGUCCAUAUUGACGAGAAGUGGUUCUAUCUUACUAAGACUAACCGUAAGUACUACCUUAUCCCUGGCGAGACCGCGCUGGAUAGAAAGUGCAAGAGCAAGCGUUUCGUAACUAAGGUUAUGUUUCUGGCCGCUGUGGCCCGACCACAUUUCGUUGGAGACACUGGGACCUGGUGGGAUGGGAAGAUCGGUACGUGGCCGUUCGUCGAAACCGUGCUGGCACAGCGCUCGAGCAACAAUCGUUCCGCCGGAUCACCUGAAACCAAGCCGAUCACGGUGACGAAAGACGUGUACCGGGAGUUUCUACAAGGUCUUGCCUGCCAUCGUCGCGAAGUGGCCGACGAACGACCAUCACGUCAUGAUACAGCACGACAACGCCCGAGCCUACGUCACGGAGUCCGACGUCAAGUGGCUUAUACGUUGGCGGAACUUGCCAAGCAAGACUGGAGCAUCUCACUGGCUCCACAGCCACCGAACUCCCGUGACACGAACAUCCUGGAUCUAGGAUUUUUCGCCGGCAUUCAAUCCCUACAACACCAGAAGUCAGCACGCUCAAUCGACGAGCUUGUGGCCCAUGUCGCUGAUGCCUUUGUCGAGUACCCAUUUGAACAUCUUGAUCGCACGUUUCUGACACUGCAAAGCUGUCUUAUCGAGACGAUGAAGGUCAAUGGUGACAACACGUACAAGAUACCGCACAUGGCGAAGGAGAAGAAGCAGCGACUGGGAAUCUUACCUCGGAACGUUGUGUGUCCUGUCGACACAUUUGAUGCCGCACGCGCUGCCUUGGUUGGAACGAGAGUUUGCUGCUGA